AUGGACCUGAGGUGUGCCGGGAUGCUCUGCGUGCUCUGCCUCGUCCUCACGGUCCAAGCGUUUACCCAGGAAGCGCUCAAGGAGGUGGUGCUGAAGCAGCUGGGGCUGUCCGAGGUCCCUAAACUUCACCAGAGAGACUUGGAGAAUCUGGUUAUCCCAGACCACGUCAAGAACAAGUACAUGUCCCUGCUGAAGCGCCAGAGGGUGAAGCGCCGCGCACUGCCGAGCCUGGCUGGUAUCCUCAGGGGGAUCCCGGGACACGCAGGUAUGACAGGAGAAGUCCUCUACUCUGACACAACCACACGCCAGAAGCUGAUGUUUGACAUGGAGGGCAGAAUACCUAAAAACAGCGAAGUCACAAUGGCUGAACUGAAACUUUUCAAAAAGCCUCUGGACAGAGCAAACCUGCCUGCCAAGCAGUCUCACAGGCCCGUCUCCAACGCCAGAGUCAGCGUGUACUGGGUGCAGAGGCAGCACGAUGGUACCAACAGGACCUCCCUGAUAGAUUCCAGGCUGGUUCCUAUUCGUGAGUCGGGCUGGAAGAGCUUUGAUGUGACCCAGGCCGUGCAUUCCUGGCUGCGGAGCAGGAGGCGGGAGCCGAUGCUCCUGGAGGUGUGGAUCGAGGGGGAGAGGGUGGGCAGCUAUGCCUCGGAAAUGGCCAGAGCCGUGCGCUUCACCUCGCAGGACACCAAGGACAGAGCCCUAGGCAAGCCCGAGCUGGUGCUUUACACCCUCAACUUGGAUGACUAUGGGAGCCCUGGGGACUGCAGGGAGGAGGCGGUGAUGGGGAAAUCCACCUGCUGCCGGCAGAAACACUACAUCAGCUUCCGCGAGCUGCCGUGGGCGCAGCACUGGAUCCUGGAGCCGGCGGGGUUCCAGGCGUACCGCUGCUCGGGGAGCUGCCUGCAGCCGCCCCGGUCCCGCCCGGGCUCCGGGCAGCGCUCCUGCGCCGUGGCCGGCAGCUCGGCGCUGCCCAUCAUCUACCUCGCCAAGAGGGGCAACCACACCGAGAUUGAGGCGGCCGAGUUCCCCAACAUGGUCGUGGAGAGGUGCAGCUGCGGCACGGACGGCGCGGCGCUGCUGUGACCAGGGGCUGGCCCGGGGUCACCGCGCAUUCCCCGCAGCCCCCGAGGUCAGGGAUGGAAGUCCUGGGCUGUUCCUGCCUGCAAGGGUUCGUGUCCCUGCUGCCCUGCAGGGAGAGUGCACUUAGAGGCGCCGGGCUCAGAGCAGCAUGCAUUUCACAUACGUGAGGGAGCUUAGUGCUUCUCGGGGCCCCCUUGGUGCCAGCUAAACGUCACUGAAUUUAUUUCAGCCCCACCCUGGAGGAUUGCAAACAGCUCCAGGCGAAAGGAGUGUGCCCAUCACCAGGUGAAGAGCAAAUGCGUGGGCUCAGCUUUUCAUUCUUAGGCUGCUGAGUUUGGUCCUUGUCUGUGCAAGCUGUGUUUUUGGUGAGCUGGAGAGCAGAAGCACUUACAUGUAUAUAAUCUGUACA